UGUAUCGCUUAUCGUAGUUUUGCUGCGUAUGGACAGCGUUUUCCCCUUGCUCUUCGUUUUGUCAAGAUGCGUGGACGUACUCGCUGGCAAUCUGGCAAUCUAUUAUAUGCUAUCUGCUAGUUUAUUUGUUUUCUAUGGGUCGUAUAAAAGUCUGGGGAAAGAAAUGAAGAAGCCCUCAGUCUUCUCGACUCUCAGCUAGCAGCGGCUUGCGUUCAUUCGUACUAGUCAACGCCUACAGCAUGGUUUCACUCUCUUUUGCCGCUCUUUCGCUGCUGUCUCUCGUUCAUGCUGCCGUAGGCUUUGACAUAUCACGCAAUGAUAAUUUGGUCCUGUACUGGGGCCAAAACUCGUACGGCGCAACGCAUAGCGAUGUCGCCAACUUCCAGAAGCGUCUAGGCUUCUACUGUACUUCGGACAGUGUUACCGACACCUUCCCACUCGCUUUCCUCACAGCGGCAUUUGGUGAGGGUGGCCUUCCUUCGAUCGAUCUGUCAAAUAUCUGUAACCAGAACGACAAUGCGACGUUCCCCGGAACUCAACUUCCAAACUGUGCGGCUUUGGCUCCUGACAUCGAGUCAUGCCAAGCAGCUGGCAAAAUCGUCACGCUCAGUAUCGGUGGCGCAACCGGUGCUAUCGGCUUUACCUCAGACUCACAAGCCGAAACCUUCGCGGACACAAUUUGGAAUGUCUUCCUCGGCGGCUCAAGCUCUACACGACCAUUCGGUGCCGCAGUUCUUGACGGGAUCGAUCUUGACAUCGAGGGUGGCGGGUCAUCUGGAUAUGCGGCGUUCGUAACGCGCAUUCGAUCACAUGCCCAAGGUGCCAAUAAGAAAUACUUUAUCACGGCAGCGCCACAAUGUCCCUUCCCGGAUGCGAAUCUCGGUGCUGUUAUUAACGCGGUCGGCUUUGAUGCGGUUUAUGUCCAGUUCUAUAACAACUUCUGUGGCUUACAAAACUUCAACAAUCCCAACGCAUGGAACUUCGCGCAAUGGGACGAUUGGGCGCACAACACUUCACCAAACAAGAACGUAAAGGUAUACAUCGGUGCACCUGCCUCGAGCACCGCUGCCGGAUCUGGUUUCGUCGACGCUGGGACAUUAGCCAGUAUCGUCAAAACUACCCAGUCGCAGUUCUCCAGCUUUGGUGGUGUGAUGAUGUGGGACGCUAGUCAAGCCUACGCGAACUCGAGAUACGAUAUCGCAGCAAAGAAUGCUAUGACUGGUGGAAACGUUCCUGUGCCACCCUCGAGUUCGUCAUCAACUCGAACGACCUCCUCAACCAGAUCAACGUCCACGUCAUCAAGCACCGCUGUGCCUACAGCUGGCAGCUGUGCAGGUGUUGCCCCCUGGUCAAGCUCCAUUGCAUACAACGGCGGUUCGCAAGUGACCUUCAACGGACAUCUCUGGACCGCAAAAUGGUGGUCUCAAGCUGACCAGCCUGGUGGUGCCGCUGACGACUGGACGGACAACGGUCCGUGCACAAACGCACGUUUCCCAGCACCUACAGCUACAUCGUCUCACGAAGCAGCACCAUCUCCGUCUGCUUCCGUCAAGCCAUCAUCAGCGACCGCCGCCACCGCGACAUCGAGCGCGGUGGAAUCUCACUCUGCGCGUCAGAGUUCUGCUGUCGCGACGUCCAGCGUCGUUCAUUCGUCUGCUUCCGCUAUCUCGGCUGUAACUAAGCCUGCUCGACUCUCCGCUUCUCAUGACGUUUCACCUUCGUCCGUCGCUUCCGCGCCUGCAGUGUCUGCUAGCACAAAGGAAGGACGGGCUUUACGCUUCAACAGAAAUAAUGUAUUCUAAAUUGCUAGAUUCGACGAUUUGUAUUUGUAAAGGGAUUUAUGACCAACAACUAAAUGGCCAUGGUUACGGUGUUUGUUAUGGAAUGUAGAUGAAAUUAAGAAAUCAC